AUGUUAUGCUGGCUUUCAGGCUUUGGUCAUGGCCUUACCGGUUUUAGGCUUCAAGCCUUGAAUGGUAAGGCUGAUUGUUGCUUUGGGAGACUUGGACAGGUUCUACUGGUUUUUGAUCUUGCCAAGUUUAAGCUUGCAGGUUUUAGGUUCAGGGCUUUGGUUAAGCUUCAGGCAGGUUAUGGCCUUACUGGUUUUUUUAGGCUUCACGCAGGUUGGGUGUUUGUUGGAAACAGAGAAAAAGGAAAGGGAAGUAACAACGCAACGCAACGCCCAUUCGUAUUCACAUUUGACUCUCUGUUCAUUGCAACAAACAAAACUGUCUUUGUUUCUUCGCCGAUUCCGUCUUUUCCGAUUCUCGUUCUUCUUCGUUUUCAGGUGGACCUUCCAUAG